CCCACAUCCUCAUCCAUACAAAAUGUCUUACGGUGGCUAUGGUGGCAACUACGGUGGAGUUGGUGGUGGAGGUAGCUGGGGAGGAGGAGGCGGAGGAGGCGGGUACGGUGACGACCGCAUGGGCAACCUAGGAGGCGGACUGCGCCAGAUCGACUGGGCAAAUACCAAAGUCGAGCAUUUCGAAAAGAACUUCUACGUCGAGGACAAGAAGGUCAAGGAGCGCAGUGAUAAGGAUAUUGAAGAGUUCCGUCGGUCGAAAGACAUUCGUAUUCAAGGACGUGGUGUUCCCAGACCGGUCUCCUCCUUCGACGAAGCCGGCUUCCCCGAAUACUUGAUGACUUCUAUUCGGGCCCAAGGUUUUGCCUCUCCCACUCCCAUUCAGUGCCAAGCAUGGCCCAUGGCUUUGAGUGGAAGAGACGUUGUCGCUAUUGCUCAAACCGGUAGCGGGAAAACCAUUUCUUUCGCUUUGCCUGCCAUGCUGCACAUCAAUGCCCAACCUCUACUGUCACCGGGAGACGGACCGAUUGCCCUUAUCCUCGCCCCUACCCGUGAACUGGCUGUCCAAAUCCAGCAAGAGUGUACCAAAUUCGGAUCCAACUCCAGGAUUCGCAACACUGCCAUUUACGGUGGAGCCCCUAAGGGUCCCCAAAUUCGUGAUUUGCAACGUGGUGUCGAGAUUGUUAUUGCGACGCCGGGCCGUCUGAUCGACAUGCUGGAGACACAGAAGACUAACCUUCGCCGCGUGACUUAUCUUGUGAUGGAUGAAGCCGACCGCAUGCUGGAUAUGGGUUUCGAGCCUCAAAUUCGCAAGAUUGUGGGACAGAUCCGACCUGACCGACAGACGCUCAUGUUCAGUGCCACAUGGCCAAAAGAGGUCCAGCGUCUUGCGAACGACUUCCUCAAAGACAUGAUUCAGGUCAACAUUGGGUCGAUGGAGCUGACUGCCAACCAUAACAUCACCCAAAUCGUUGAAGUUUGCAGCGACUUCGAGAAGCGCGGCAAGCUUGUCAAGCAUCUUGACCAGAUUGGGUCUGAGAACGCCAAGGUCCUCAUCUUUGUCGGAACAAAGCGUGUGGCGGACGAUAUCACCAAAUAUCUGCGGCAAGAUGGGUGGCCUGCCCUGGCCAUCCACGGCGACAAGGAACAGCGUGAACGUGACUGGGUGUUGAGCGAAUUCAAAGCCAGUCGAUCUCCGAUUUUGAUAGCCACCGACGUUGCAUCCCGUGGGCUCGAUGUCAAGGAUGUUCGAUAUGUCAUUAACUACGACUUCCCGAACAACUGUGAAGACUACAUCCAUCGUAUCGGCCGUACUGGGCGUGCUGGAAUGAAAGGCACAUCAUACACUUACUUCACCACUGACAACGCCAAAUCAGCCCGCGAGUUGGUUGGCAUUCUGCGCGAAGCCAAGGCCAAUGUUCCGCCCCAGCUAGAGGAGAUGGUUAGCUACGGUGGUGGCGGUGGUCGCAGCCGGUACGGUGGCGGUGGUGGCGGUGGUCGGCGCGGUGGCGGCGGUGGUGGAGGAGGAGGCCGUUGGGGUGGAGGCGGCGGUGGUGGUGGCGGCUACGGGCAGAGUGACAACGGCUACGGAGGCCGUGGCGGUGGCGGCGACCGCUGGUAAAUCCUCUGACUCUUUUUGUGCAUCCACCAUACCAGGUCUCUUGUUUCGUAGAAAAACGCCCGCCAUACAUACAUAGACUGUUCUGUAUAUUUGUGCUCUUAAUUCGCAUCUGAUGACAUCCAUCUCUCGUGCGAUAAGAUAAGAUUUGCUGUCAACCGCACGCGGCAACAAACAAACCUGACGCCCUAGCUUUUGUCGUAAUUCCCUUUCACCCACCUGAUAAUGUCGACUGCAGGGUCGCUGUCGGACGAACUUACCUCCCCUUCCCCUUCCCCACCACCGGAGCAAUCGAAUCUCCAGCCAUCUCGCAAACCCGGUCGUCCGAAGAAAGCGCCCAGAAAAGCUCCCCCACGACCCGUGUCCAUCACCUCAAAGCCUCUCAAACGCGCAGGUCCCCUUCCCCAACCGCCCCGAUCCGCAGGGCUCGAUACAGCUAUGGACUCAGGCUCGGAGCUCUCCGAGCUGACGGAAGAGGAAGAAGAUACAGGGCGUGAUAUCAACGAGGAGGACGAGGAAGACGAGGAAGACCAGCUGGCGUACGAUGACGACGAGGCAAAGGCCAAGUCUCCGGUACGCGCCACUAAAGGCCGCGUCGACUCGCUUGCGAUUGCCAGCGGUAGCCACAUGAGCAGCUCGCCCUCCAAAAACAAACCUAUGCCACUCCCGAUGUGGGGGGUCAACGCGGAACCGCCUGCCGCACAGGAAGAGGAGGAAGAGGAAGAGGUACCAGAGCACCCCUCAGUCAUGGAGGAAGAGUCGGGUGACAGUGGUGAUGAUCGUGCUGCUCCUAAGAUGCUGCCCCCAGACAUCGGCAAAAUUGAAAUUAUUCCGGUCCAGGAAUCCCGAGACAUGGAGGUCGAUCCACCAGAAACGCAUUUCAACUCACUCCCCAUUCCUGUACUCUCGAGCACUGCUGCCGCUGCAGUGACCCUCCUCGACCUGUUCGCAGUGGCAUCAUCUCCCCCCGCCUCGCUCGCUCCGGUCGACUCAGGUAUCUCAGCAAAGCGAACUGUCCUUAAUGAUCCGGCGGCACAGGAUGGAGACGAGGAGAUGACCGAAUCAGAGGAUGACCAGCUCAGUGAUGUCGGCGAGGGCCGUGAACUAGAUGACGCGGUUGAGUUGCCCGCCAUCAGCGGCCCUGAUGGUGGCAUCAGUACUGGGGGGCGUUCAACGCCAUCUGCUCCUAUUCCGGAAGACGAUUUAGAUGUCGCGAGUCGCGAGGGGUCCCCCGAGUCUGAACAGAGUGGUGAAGAGGAUGUCGCCGAGGACCCACUGGAAACCAAUGACCUGGACGCACCGGACGCCGAGGUUGAUGUCAAAGGCCCUCUAGAGAAUGAGGACGUGGAUAACAAGAGUGACAUUGAAGCUGACGGAGAAGAUGUUGCUGACCAAAGCGAGGACGAAGAGGACGAGGCCGAACUGGACGCUGACAAGAGCGAUAACGAGGAAGUCAAGAGUGAAGUUGAGGAAGAUGUCAAGUCGGACGCGGAUAUCGACGAUGAAGUGCAGCCUGCGCAUCGCGCAGAGGCGCUUGAGGUUCUGGCAGGGAUUGAGCUGAAGUAUGCGUUAUUGCGUGAAGCCAUCUAUCUUGAGCGGAUGGAAGGUCUGGGGUGGGAAGAAGGUUUGGUUCUUGCAGGAACGCAUCCGGAGUUGCUCCACAUUCAGCAUGAACUUGCCGCAAGACGUGACAGACGCAUCGAACUUGCUACCAAGAAGCGCACUUUGGAUCAUUUGGAUGCAGAACGGAAACGCAGGGCUGGCGAAAUAGGUGUUUGGGGCUGGUGGAAAUUCUCGCGAGAUAAUCUACAGGCCGACAUGAUAUCCGAGGCCAACCGGAAGCGGAGGAAACUCGAUCGUGAUCGCCGAAGCAAUGAGCGCCAGUUACCUCAGCGUCGCAGUGCGCCGCCUCCUCCGUCCCACACCGUCCCAGCAGCCAUACCCAAUCUGCGUCAGAUCAUCAAGGCUGCCGAACCAUUCCGCAUUCUCGAGAGUGGUGCUCGUCGUCGCCGAGGCGAUUCACGCCCUCAUGAAAAUGCAUCACCAGCUCAGCCAUUGGCAUUUCCUGAUCUGACCCCAUUAAAUGCGACGGAUAUCCAAAGCGACCUCAACUUCAUGCUCCAGCACCAGUUGGUGCCACCCCCAACGUCCAGCCCAGUCCAGCAACAUCCGGCAAGCACGGCACGGCCUGUACAGCCCCCCACGGCGCCACGCGCCAUGCCCCCUGCGGCACAGCCUCAACCGAUGUACGAACCCAACUUCGGGCGCGCUCCCCCACCUCCCGGACCAUACCCGCCCUCGAUGCAUUCUGCAUUCGCACCGCCACCAGCUGGUUAUGGCCGGAUGCACCACCAUCACUCUGCACCGCCACCCGUCCAUCACUCACACCACGUGGCUCCUUAUCCCGAAAUGGGCUAUGCGCCAUAUAUUGCUGGCCCCGGGCGACGAGCAGAAAGUCCUGCGGGCCGCUGGCCUAUGAAGCCUGGUGAAUGGCAUCCCGAUGCACGGCCACCUCCGCCAAUGAUGAUGGGAUCAUUGGGUCGGUCGCUAGAGGAGGAGGAGCGCGAGCGCGAACGUCUGAAAAACUUGCGUGAGCGCGACCGUGAUAGAGAUGACAUGGAACGUCGAGACUAUCUAAUGAGAGGUCCACCGCAAGGAGCUCCGCCACCUUCGCAUCACCACACGAUGAUUGCAGGACCACAUCACCAUCACCGACCGCACCACCACCACGUCGUGCAUCAUCAUGCCCCGCCGUCCGCCAGCCACCUCCCGGGGCAUAGUCACCCCCGACCGUCACUUAGUCCUCGUGCAUCACGUGAGUUCCACGAGAGUCGCCCUUCGGCGGAGAUGAUCAACCUCGACCACCGUAAGCGAUCGAACACGGGUCCUCCCGUUGACGAUCGAGAGCGUCCGCUGGCAACUCCGUUUGUGAUGAACAACGCCUACAGCGGUCGGAGCUUGCAUACUCCUCCGCCUCCGACUGCACCGAGAGGUCCGCGUCAAUUGGAAGAUGCUUUCAGGAUGCCCCCGGCGUCGUCAACUUCGGUCGGGUACCUCGGGGAUGCGGUCGGUCAUCGGGAUGAACAACGGCGAGAGAACAGUGCCCACCGCGAUACUGUAGCCCGUCGAUUCUCUCAAUCCUCUCAGCCCCCAACAGGUCCAAGUUCCUCCCGGGCUACGACUCGGCUGUCGCCUCCGAUACAUAGAACACUCCCACCGCCUAGUCCAUCUGGCUUUGGAAGUGCUCCCUCCCGUUAUGGAACUCCCCGCUCCCCUGUUUUGCAUCGUCCAGAACGCCUGCCUUCGCCGUCUGCCAGCAAGAUGAUGGUCAAUUCGAUGAUGGAGGAAAAACACGAUUCGCCCUUUGCUGGGCCGUUUGCAGGGAAACCCCCGUCUGAAAAAGAUGUUGUCGCCUGAUUAUUUUUGUUGUCUUUGUGUUGCUCCAAUGAAUUCUGAUU